CAUACACAACAUUAUCAACCUCUGCUGUUCAAUUCUGAAUUAGUCAUAAAAUUCAAAAGAUAUUUAAAAUAUUUUAACUGCAUUGGAUCGAUUUUUAUAUGAUCUUAGUUUGUCAAUUUAAUGACUGUACAAAACGUUGAUAAGAUAGAACCUUGGUGAAUUUAAUAUUUUGUAUUAUGUAUUAUGAUUCAAACCGUUGCAGUGGUCGGAGAUCGGUGAAUUACACAUGAGAGGGUGUUGAUUAUCUCUUCAUUACUUUGCCAGUACAUGAUCUUUUUAACAUGAAUCGAUCUAGAAAUCAUCGUGGACGUCGAGAUGCAAGUCAAAGUCGAGGAGAUGAAACAAUUUCAAAUUUUAGUAAAAGCAGAUCAUCUAGUACAGAAAAUAAAAAUACAGGCCACGAAAGCUUAUUUAAAGGUGAAUCACCUCAUCGAGGAAGACAAACAUUAAGACAUCCAUUUCGAAAUAGAAUUCCGGGUAGAUAUUUUGUUAGAAGAAGAUCACACAGUAGAUCAAAUGACGAAACAGGUGUAUAUACUUUAUCCCAUAUUAAAACGGAAUCAGAAAACUCUUCAGAACAAGAAAGUUUAUCUAGUGAGACAGCAGAUUUACGAGGACAAACAUCGAGUAUUAUAUCUAUAAGUAGAAAUUGGGGUCCACGUGGACUUCGAGGGGAAAGAAGAGGAGGUUACCGAAGAACAAAUAAAAAAUCAGAUAAUCCAGAAAGUGGUCAGACUCAAAACACGUGGGAAAACUCUACGUCCAUUAAACUUGCCUCGUCUAAACACGAAGGAGGUUUAGGUCAACAACUAGAGCUACUGAAGAAAGAAACAGACCUAGCAUCAUUAGAAAGCUGUGAGAAACAAAGUGAAUCUUCCAGAAAACCAAAAUUAAUUAAAAACGAGUUGUCUAGUGCUCGGUCUGAGAAAUCUAAAGAAUUUACUUCGUUAGAUCCCACCGAGAAACCUAGGGCAUUAAAUAAUCUUGAUCUCUCACUUACUUCCCUAAGUGAAAAACAGCUUAUUAACUUGGGAACUUCCUUAAAAGAAUUUCUUAACACACAACCAGCGAGGACGAAAGAUUCAGGAGAAAGACAAAGAGAGUCAUCUUCUACUAAAGUAACACAAAAUAUUGUAAAAAUUAACACAAGCAUUAAAAAAGAAAUCAUUAAGCCCAAUAUCGAUGGAGAUCUAGUGGUAUCAAGCACUAAAAAAAUUGCAAGUAGUAUGAAGACUAUCCCAAGUAGUGACAAGAUCAUAAGUAAAAAGAUAUUAGAUGAAGCUAUAAUUUUUUUUAAAGAAAAGCAUGGGCCAGUAAAUGAUGCCACUGAUUUAAAGGUGCAACCCACUGGAGGCAUUAUGGUAUUACCAAAACGAUUUCUAAACAGGCAAACAUGUGGUAAUUGUUUAAAUUACCUUUCAGUUGGACCAGUAACAAUUUCAAACACCCGUCCAUUUACCGUAUGCGGUCGAGAAGAAUGCGCAGAUUCUAAAAAAAGCACGAAAUCUUUUCCACGACUAUCUCUUUAUAACGAAAUUGCUAAAAACUAUUUUUUUAAUUGUGUUUAUCAUUAUGAAGGUUGUAUGGAGAUUUUUUCUUUUUCCAAAAAUGUAGAAGAGCAUGAAUCUUUAUGUAAAUUUAAAAGAACAUACAAAUGUUUGUCCUGUCCAGCUCGGUGGAAUGCUUGUCAAGUAAUUCAACACUAUAAACAAAACCAUCCUGAUAGCUUGGCUUACGAUGGAGUAUUUGAGUUGAAAACAAACAAGGUUUUAUUUCAUACAGAUCAACAACUCCUGUCAAUAUCAAUUUCAUUACUAAAUGACACUUUAAACAUAUCAUGCAAGCAGGUUAAUAUAUGUUCUGUAGUAACGAAGUAUAAAAUAAUAAUCUUUCAUCCAAGUUCCGAUAUUGAGUUUGUCUCUAAACCUAUUGAUAUACAAAUAGAAUCGUAUUCAAUAGAUUUACAUGACUUACCAGAAUCACUUUCUUCAUCUACACUUUUUGGAGCAAUAAAAAUUUAUUGCCAAGAGCAAGCGAAAGAACCUAUUGCUUAUGUGAAAAAAACAAUAGACGAUUUAUACACAAAAAUUCUUAAGACAAUUAUGAACUUAUAUUUAAAGUCAGAAAUUAUAUGUUGCCACUGCAAUAAUAUAAUCAGAUUAAAAUCGCGUGUGUUAUUUUGUCCACAAAGUCACGUAAGUUGCACUGAUUGUGUAGACGAUUAUUGUACUAUUUGUAAAACUUCUUGCCAUUGGAUGGAUAUGAAAUACUUACUUGGAAAUUUUAACUUACCAUGUGAUUGGAAAAAAUGUAAUAAACAAAUCAAAUGUUUGGAUUUUGAUAUGCACAAACAAAUCUGUUGUAAAAGAGAAUAUACUUGUCCUGAACUGGGAUGUGACUUUAAAGGAAACAGGAAAGAACUUGAAGACCAUUGGCAUUCUACUAUUCCAUUAAUAUUUGAUUCAAAAAUAAUCAUUGAAUCACGACAAAAUAUGUAUUGGAUGACAGAUAACUUGUUUGAAUUGUUGUUAAUACAAUUUAAGGCUGUUGGAAAAGUAUUGGAAGUUGAUGAAAAGUUUGCCUGUUUUCCAAACAAUUAUAAGCUAGAGCUAAUGCGCAAAAAAGAAAACGAAAAUAUUUACAAAAAGUUUGUAACACUUGCUCAAAAAGGAUCCACUAAAAUGUAUAUGUCUAAUCUUCCAACAGAUUAUACAUAUAAACUUGUUGUUAAAUUGGAUAAUCCUGGAAAUGUAGAAGAUGUAACAGAAAAUACUGUAUUCACACAGAGAGAAACAGCAGAAUCGGUUUUAAAACGUCUUCUUGGCGUAUUUAUGAAAAUUAAUUUUAAAUGUUCAAACUGCGACACCCUUAUCAAUGAGAAGCCUCAUAUUUAUAUUUGUGAGUACAGUCACAUAUUUUGCAGUAACUGCUUGGAAUAUUGUGUUCGGUGUACAAGUGCUAAAGUAAUAUUCACAUCACUUGAAAAACUACUACAAAAUAUAAAGUUAUCAUGUGAUUGGCCUGGCUGUACACAAAAAAUAGAUUGUUGGAAUUUUCUUUUACAUAAACAGAUAUGUUCGAGUAGGUUAUAUACAUUCCCUACUUUAAUUGAAGGAAUGGAGCAUUUUAACGGUACCAAAGAAAAACUUCAAGAAAACUGGCCUAAGAAAGGGCUAAAGUUAUCAUGUGGUAAAGAGUUGGAUUUUAGAGUAACCUCAGUAGUAGGCACUCUGGCAUUCUGGUUAACUUCCUACGUUAAUGAAUUAUUAAUGGUACGACUUUAUUUUGACAAAAUAUUCUGUUUAGAAGUAAAAGAAACUUUGGCAAUUUUUACUAAUAAUUAUAAAAUAAAAUUGUACGAAUAUAACGCAAUUAGAACACGGUAUGAAGAAAUCGAAGAACUAACUCAGAGAGGAAACAAAAAAAUUUCAUCGCAGGGUCUAAAAGUUUCUGCAAAAUAUAGAUUAACGAUAUAUAGAACAUAAUAUAGAGUAGUUAAGAAGUAAAGAAGACGUUGGCUCUAUGCAACUAAUGGUCAACAAUUAGCUGGUUAAAAAAGUUUGGUAACCAUUUUAAAUAGCUAGGUUGUUGAUAAAUGAGACACUAAAUCUUGACGAAGAAAUUAAAACUCGUAUAGAAAUUGUAAGAGGAACAAUUAUUAUGAAACUUAGGUCUAUAGUGUGCAAUUCUCAGCUGAAAUUACAACGAACAAUCAAGUUGAUAAAAUGUUAUGUGUGUUCUAUAUUAAUAUUUUGAUAUGAGACCUCAUGAAGAAUAAUAUGAUAUGAUAAAAAAUUAGAAGUCUUCAAGAUGUAGUCAUACCAUAGAAUGCUUAAAUUGUCAAGAGUUCAACGCAUUUCAAAGACAGAAGUUCUAAACAGAAUACGUCGAGGCGAAGGUGACUUGACAAAGAUGAUAAAAAAGAGAGAACUUGAAUAUUUGGGGCAUAUAAUGAGAGGUAGCAGAUACUGAAUACUGCAGUUAUCACUCAACAUAAAGAUUGGAGGAAAAAAGAGGAAUUCUUAGGAAGAAAUAUUCAUGGCUCCGAAACCUUCGUCAAUGGACUGGCUUAGCAAAUAAAUUGUUACUAAGCCGCGCAAGAUGGAGACCAAUAUCGGAAAAUUGAUAUGAAAGCUAUAUAUACGCCGUUUUUAGGCGUCAACGCCCUUCCGGUAGGGAUCUAUGAAGUUAUUCCGGUAGGGAUCUAUCUAUGUUAUAAUAAAAUGCUACAUGAAUUAGAAACUCAUAACAAAUAAAAAAAAACAAUGCCCAAAAACUAAAAGAAGUUCAGCAAAAGACCUAUUUUAUCCGUAUACAGAGUGAAUCUCUAAUUUGUAAUAAAUUCAAUAGCUCAAAUACUAACUGUUUUUUUGAAAAAUGCUCAGACCUGUCGAUUAGUAUUUCAAAUGGAAAUUUUUUUCAUACAAUAAUAUUGUAUACAGGGUGUCCCAAUUUAGAGAUGUGACGUCAUCUUUGAUUUUCUUAAAUGGCAAAACUGUCAUUUUGAUAGCUAUUUUGAUAAGGUGUGUAAAGUUAUACAUAACUAUUAUUAUUAUAUGUAAAAAAUUUCGACGUGAAAUACUAAUCGACAGGUCUGAGUAUUUAAAAAAAAACAAUUAGUAUUUGAACUAUUAAGUUUAUUCUAAAUUAUAGAUAUAAUUUUAUUUUUUAUUAUCUUGUAAAUGGUAGGAAAUAAAAAUUUGAUAUUUUGCAGGUAUGCAUAACUUUACACGCCUAACUAAAUAGCUAUCAAAAUAACAGUGUUGCCAUUUAAAAAAAUUAACGAUGACGUCAUAUCUCUAAGUUGGGACACCCUGUAUACAUUAUUAUUGUAUGUAAAAAAUUUAGAUCUGAAAUACUAAUCGACAAGUCUGAGCAUUUUUCAAAAAACAAUUAGUAUUUGAACUAUUGACUUUCUUCCACAUUACAGACUCAGUAUGUAUAUUUUUUUAAUUGUUUACCUAAUAAUAAUUAUUAUGUACAUUACAUUUGUAAAUAUUUUGAAUAUAAUACAUUUUUGUUUU